GUGCUGAUCAAGGCAGUAGGAUCAAGGCCCUAUCGUGCUGAUAUUUGAUCGACCGCCGACAGACAGAUGCAGCAGUGAAAGGCCGCGCGGCCGGUCAGUGUUGGGUCAGUGCUGCGAGGCCUUGGCUGCGAGUAUACCCGGGAGCGGGGUGCACGGGUGUGGGGUGCUGCGGAGUGGUGGCGAACAGCGGACUGAAAGACCGGCGAGAGACAGUGGAGAGGCAACGGAUCGGUGGACGUACCUAGCCAUGGCUGAGACGGCGUCGACAGCCAGUGGCGACACACAGAACUCCUCAGCAGAAGACAGGCGCCAGCACACAGCGGAUCGAAACGAUCAGAGUCCCUCUGAGACCACCGACGACCCUUCUCAUAAGCUUCUCUACGGCGUAAAUGAUGUUCCUCCCUGGUACACGUGUCUGCUGCUUGGGUUACAGCAAUUCCUGACGAUGUUGAACGGCUCUGUGGCGAUGCCACUGAUGGUGACGCCGUUGACCUGCAUGGCAGACGACGACCCGGCGAGGGGUUACAUUAUCGACGCUACCCUCUUCGUGUCCGGCAUCACCACGCUGCUACAGGCCACCUUCGGCACCAGGCUGCCGAUCGUACAAGGUCCGAGCUGGACCUACCUCGCGCCCAUCGCCGCCGUCAUGCAGCUGCCCCAGUGGAAGUGUCCCGAUGAUGACCUGCUGGCGAACAUGAGCUCCGAGGAACGCAGCGCGCUGUGGCAGCCGAGGGUCAACGAACUGCUUGGGGCGCUGGCGGUGGCUUCGGUCAUACAACUGCUGCUCGGUGCUACCGGAGCCGUUGGCCUGCUGUUACGCUUCAUUUCGCCCAUCACGGUCGUCUGUACCAUCACGGUGCUCGGCAUCGGUUUCUUCGAGUCAUUCCGUGGAAUGAUGUCUUCCCACUGGCCGGUGUCGCUACUAACAAUGUUUUUGGUGAUUUUAUUCAGCCAGUAUCUACGAGACGUGAAGAUACCCUUUCCAUAUUGCACAAGGAAAAGUAAAGGAGUGAUUCGUGUUCCCAUUUUCAAGCUUCUACCGGUGCUGCUGAGUAUAAUGAUUAGCUGGUCUCUGUGCGCCAUACUGACCCACGCAGACAUACUGCCGGUCGGUUCCGCGGCCAGAACAGACCACAAUCUCAACGCGCUGAGCGAGGCAGUUUGGCUGCAACUGCCGCUGAUCGGACGCUGGGGCGCCCCCACCGUCCACAUCGGACCCGUGCUGGGCAUGACUGCCGCCGUCCUGGCCUCCAUCGUCGAAUCCAUCGGAGACUACUACUCAUGCGCCAAAAUUUCCGGCGCGUCGGCGCCGCCCGUACAUGCUAUCAAUCGUGGCAUCGCCAUCGAGGGUCUGGGCGGCAUCCUCUCGGGACUGUUUGGAGCCGCCAACGCGUCCACAAGCUACAGCGGCAACAUUGGCAUCAUCGGCGUCACCAGGGUGGGCAGCCGCCGUGUGGUGCAGUUAUCCGCCGUCUACAUGAUCCUGUUCGGCCUGGUGGGCAAAUUCGGCGCACUGUUCGUCUCGAUACCGGCGGCCAUUUACGGCGGCGCAUUUGUCGCCCUGUUCGCUAUGAUUGCCGGAAUUGUACCGGCGGCCAUUUACGGCGGCGCAUUUGUCGCCCUGUUCGCUAUGAUUGCCGGAAUUGGUCUAUCUCCACUGCAAUAUAUUGAUAUGAAUUCUCCAAGAAACAUGUAUGUGGUUGGAUUUUCCAUUCUCAUCGCAUUGGUUAUUCCUGGCUAUAUUGAAAAGAACCCAGAGCUUCUGACCACGGGAAUACCGACGCUGGACCACAUGAGCUACGUGGUCCUAUCGACUGCAAUGUUCAUGGCUGGAAUAAUAUCUGCCAUUCUUGAUAACACUAUUCCAGGCACUGAUAAGGAGCGCGGGGUGGACCGGUGGCGAGCCCUGACAGCGGGAGCCGCCGCGGGAGCCGACAGGGACCCCACAUACCGCCUGCCCUGGGGCAUGCACCUCCUCGAAAGAUGGCGGUGGACCCGCCUGCUGCCCUUCAGCCCCACCUUCGAGGGUUUCCCAGAGCUGGGAGACACGAAUUGCUGCCGCCGGCCACGCUCCCGACAGUGCAGCGUCGAACUAAAGAAGGCUGCGGCCAUCAGUCCCGCCUAG